CCUCUUUUGGAUGCUUUUAUUAAAUUUAUUGUUAAAGAAAUGUAUAUAAAAGUUGUUGACACGAAGAAGGGUCCCAGUCAGUGAGUUUAGUCCGUACGAUACGAAUCGAUAUGUUGUCCGUCGAGAAAAACUAUUCUAGGCUGUUCAGACCUUGGGAUGUGAAAGAAAGCGAAACAAAUGAAGUGAAAAUAGACGUGACUAGUGACACAAUAGAUGAAGUUAAAACAAAGAAACGAAAACUAGACGAGAAAAGAGAAAAUCGUUUAAGAAAAAUCAGAGGUACCUUUAAGAAAAAUGAUAAUUUACAACAAGAUGCGACUGUUUCAACAACAACUAUCGAAGAUGAACCAAAAAUUAAAUCGGAGUACAUCGAUCGAGACACUGUCAGUUCAGUUACAAAACUAAGUAUGGUUUGUGAUCGAUUACUUGAACAUGAGAAAGAACAACGAAAUAAGAAAGAUGUACAAACACCAUCUGUACCACUAACACAUCCAAACGUACCACAAAACAUACAAGUAUACAAUCAAAUGCCAGAAUACAUAGCAACAGAUAUCGCGCAAGCUUUAGGAGUACCACCAACCGACCCUUUACUCCUAGAAUCUUUAGCACAAGGAUAUGCAAUGGAACUUGAAUACGCAAGAAUAAUCCAACAAGAAAACGAAGCUAAACUCCUUAACGCAAGAAAGCAGCGACCAAAGAAAUACAGAUGUCCACAUUGUCAGGUUGGAUUCUCAAACAACGGUCAACUGAAAGGUCAUAUACGUAUCCAUACGGGUGAAAGACCAUACAAAUGUGAUGAAAAGAAUUGCGGGAAGACUUUCACUAGGAAUGAAGAAUUAACGAGACAUAAACGGAUACAUUCUGGAGUACGUCCGUAUCCUUGUCCCACUUGCGGGAAGAAAUUUGGAAGAAGAGAUCAUCUGAAAAAACAUACCCGAACACAUUAUUUACAAGCUGAAAGGAUGAUGCCUGUUUUUGUACCACUUUCCGCGAUCCCUCAUAUGACUGGAUAUCCUUAUCUUUACGGAUAUUGAUACACUGGUUUAUAUCUC